UCUUUCUUUAUGAGGGAGUCACAAGAAGAAGAGUGUCCACAUGAAGCGUGUGGAGUCUGAGCAGUCUCCCGUCAAGAUAAAAUGAGCAAGCCUGUGUAGUUUGUGACAGUGUGAAGGCGUGUAAAUGAGUUUGAGGGCAUUCUCAAUGACACACUAAUCUCACCAGUGAAGCCCUUAAUGUGAUUUUCCAGCUUUGCCCAGAGUUUGAUGAUGGACUUUAUUGGAAACAAGUAAACCCUAGUAAUCUGUGUCCUCACUGUAACACACGCUCAAUUCACAUCCAGACAAAUGGCACUGCAUUCAUCCUUUCAGUAUCAUUCUCUCCGAGACCUUUCCAUGGCUAUUUCUUGAAAACUGAAUAUGUUUACUUGUUCUAGAGCAGAAGAGAGUGCUUCAUUCUCAUUAGGGUGAGUUUCCUCUUCAUUUUAACAAGUGUGUAAAACAGAGGGUUGUUUGUGUGAACUGAGUGGACAGAUCCGUUUGCACUGAUAUGAUUAUUACAGCACGGGGGGGAAUAUGAUGACUGACAUGAAGUUCUCAUCAGUGACACUUCAGAGGGCCAAUCAGGGUUUCCAUUACUGGUUUGCAGCAUCUAAUGAUUAUUAAUGUCAUCUAUAGUACAACAGUACAACCUCAAAACGGUUUGAUUUAUUCAAAGUGCAUGUAUGUGUUGUAAGGACAGCCAUCAUCUCUGAUGCAGUGAUGGAGCAGCAGUGCGUCACCUGUUUGAUAACUUCCUACUUAGGAGACUCUCCUUUAAUCAGAUUGGCUGUAAAUCCAUCAGUCUGGAAAGCUUUGAGAGCCUCACCUCAUUGUCGUUUUCAGUUACGUGCUUUUUGGUGGGUUGAAUUACAUUUACAUUUAGCAGACGCUUUCAUCCACUUACAAAUGAGGACAAUGCCAGAAAUCAAAAUCAACAAAAGAGUAAUGAUAUGCAAGUGCUAUAACAAGAAUCUGCUUUACAUAGUACACAUUGCAAGAAUUUUUUAAUUAUGUAAAUAUAGAAAAAGAUUAGAGCAAUCAAAUAUUAGAGCCCUUUUUUUUUUAAUUGUAGAAGUAUAUCAAGUUCGUCAAGACAAACUUUUUUUUGGCUUGAGAAAGCGUAGUCUGAGAGUUUAAAGCAGUUGUAAAAGCCUGAAGCAUCAUGAUUAGCAUGUUGCUAGCAUGAUUAACAAGUAACUAGCAUGUUUGCAAUUAAUUUAGAACCAUAAACCACAACAACAACAAACAAAAAAAUGUUGGGAUUGCUGAAAAUGUCUUUUAAGUAGUACAAUUUUUGUAAAAAUUAAAGACUGAGAAGGUUUUGUGUUUUGUAAUGAAAGUGAAAUGCAUGACUGGGAUGAGUAGAGUGCAGCUCUCUGUCUGUGAGGUCAGGGGUCAGAGAAAUGGGCUAUUUCAGGAGUAAGUGGAUUAGGUGGUAAGUCUCCGGCUGCUUUAUUCACUCUUUGGCUUGAUGUGAGCACAGAACAGCAGAAUUCACUUAGACGCCAACUGUUUGAAAAUGAGCAGGACGAUGUUGCAUCUUAAAGGAAGACAAAAUAAAUGAAAGAGAGUCGUUUGAGUGUAUGAUUGAGGGACACGUUAUCAGUUCAGCUGUGGAUUCAGUGGAUCGAAGAGAAAGUAAAGUUGAUUUUCUCUAGCAGUUUUUUGGAUAAUGCCAUGGAGGAGGAAGUAUCAUGGACUUUGUGACGGGUUCCAGGGUUCCCAGAGCCAAAUACACGAUGGUUCAAGAGGUGCUGUGUUACGUGAUCCCCUAUCAUAUGCAGUGCUCCAUGGGAUGUGGUGGACUGGCCUGCAAGUAUGAGGACCCUUCACACUGGAGUGAAGACGAUCAGGCCAUCAGAGGAAUCUACUCGUCCUGGAUCACUGAUAAUCUGCUGGCCAUGGCCCGCCCUUCCACUGACAUCAUUGAAAAAUUUGGCGUUAUAGACCAGUUUUUGAGAUGUGGUUUGAAGACAGUUAUUAACCUCCAGUGCCCUGGUGAACAUGCCAGCUGUGGAAACCCACUGGAUCCCCAGAGCGGCUUCACGUAUCGACCGGAGACAUUCAUGGAGGCUGGCAUAUAUUUCUACAACUUUAGAUGGAAUGACUAUGGUGUGGCAUCUCUCACAUCCAUCUUGGAUAUGGUCAAAGUCAUGUGUUUUGCCAUCCAAGAAGGCAAGAUGGCUGUUCACUGUCAUGCAGGGCUUGGCAGAACAGGUGUGUUGCUGGCCUGUUUCUUCUUGUUCACCACACAGAUGACAGCAGACCAAGCCAUUCUGUUAGUUCGAAGCAAACGACCCAACUCUAUCCAGACUAGAGGACAGCUCCAUUGUGUCAGGCAGUUUGCUCAGUUCCUGGUUCCGCUAAGGAAUGUGUUUGCUAACGCUGAGCCUAGAGCGCCGCCUGUUACUCUUUCACAAUACUUGAUCCGCCAAAAACAUAUACUGCAUGGAUAUGAGGCUCGGAAGUUGAGAUACGUGCCAAAGCUCGUCCCUCUCAUCUGCAGACUCCUACUGGACAUCGCAGAGAAUCGCCAGGUUAUCGAGGAGGACAUUGUCGAGGUUCCUGACGUCACAUCGGUGGUAGAGAAAACUUUAAAUGAGAGUUCAGUGUAUCAGUUAAACAGAGAGAUUUGGGGAAAUGGGAUGACUCUGAUCAGUCCCCGUCUUCCAGGUCUACCCAGAGCCAACAGAGGCAACACACAACCUCUUUACUAUGUCCGUAAGAGCCUCAGCUACAGCGAGUCUGACCUCCAGAGGUUAGCAGCGUCUUUAAACCUCUCGGAUAACCCUCUCGGGGUUUUAGCCAGCAUCCACUCAACUACCAUCAACGAUCAGCUGGGAGCUUUCAACUGUGUUUCCCAGAACUAUGUCGCUCCUUCUCUGGGGGCUUGUAAGAACAAUUACAUCUACAGCUCAACCAGCAAUAUAUGGGAGCUGAAAACUCUUAUGGAUCAGACAGAAGGAUCUCCACUGCUCAAAACCAGGAGGCAGUCUGUCCUGCAGCGAAGCCAAUCUCUAGGCGUUUCAGAUGAGAAAAGCACCACGAACAUCGCAAGAAUACUGGCCUACUGGAGGAGAGACUGCAAGCAAAGCACUGACCCUGACGAGGCUCAACACAUUGAGAAAGAGCAUUCGGAGGUGCCCUUCAUCACUGUCCAGUCCGAGCUGUCUCUGGAGUCUCGUCACCUCCUGGUGGCUCAGUCCCUUGCAGUAGACCUCGAGAAGGAUGGAGAGAAGGAGCAAAUUCAGAAGGUGUCUACUUGGCAGGCAGAUCUUAACCGUCAAGGUGCAUGGGAGCGACUGUGUUUGGAGAAAGACCCAUUUAUUCUGUCUGGAAUCAUGUGGUCCUGGCUGGAGCAGCUCAAAGAGCCAAUCAUCUCAGCUCAUGAUGUUCACACACUAACAGAGACCAGCCAGGACCCCCAAACUGUGCUCAAUUGCCUAGAUAGGGCUUCCAGGGAAACCUUGAUGUGCAUUCUGGACUGUUUCGCUCAUUUACUGACAACAACUGAGGAAAUCGAGAGUGCUUUCCUGGAGCGAGCGACCAAAGCUUUCACAAAGAUGAAAAACACCAAUGGUGGGAAGAGCGUCCACAAAAUCAUGAACGGGGUCUUGAAGCUUGUUCUGCAUCAUUUGAGGAACGAGUUUGAGGUCUAACACAUGCAACAAUCACUAAACUACAGUUAACUACAAAGAGAAUGAGUUUAUCUGCAUCUGUGUCCAAUGUCAGAGACGAGCUUGCUCCUCAGCUCUCGGUUCAGAUGAAGAAUCCAGCUUGUGAUUUAGCCCACAGAUAGACUGAAUUAUAAUUAUCCCAUUUUUAGAAGUUAGAAAAUGUGUUUUACGUGGUGAAUUGAUUGAUGUAAACUGUAUGUUAUGUGCCAUAGUGCUAAUACUUGAAAGCAUUGCUUAAACUUCCCAUUUUUGUACAAUGUUUGUACAGUUAUUUGUAAUAAAAUACUUAGAUUGCACACAACUAGGAAUGAAAUCUUCAUCUUCAUUUUACAUUAGCAUAAAGAUGUAAAGGCUAACUGAGAUUGGAUUUAUUGCACAGAGGAAAAGUGGUUUAUUUCUGGAACCGUCCUGCUGUGCUCGGUUCCACAUCUCUUCCAACAAUGACACGGACUGAAAUCAGUUUUGGGAGCAUUAGUCUUACCCUCGGGCUCAAGUCAAGAUUUUCUUUGGAGGUAGUGAGUAUCCAUUUUUGAUCUGGUGAUGAGCGGAGGAGGUUUAAACUCAAGGAGUCGCACACCACGUGCCUGGACACUUCAGACCACCAGAGACCCUAGAACAGCGCCCACCUAAAAACAUUCCCACACACUCACUGGUGACUCCACACUGAGCAAAGUCUGUUCACACACGACCAGUCAAACCUUUCUGAACAGACACAUCUCUCAUGUUUCUAAAGAAGUCUCUUCUGCUCACCAAGCCUGCAUUUAUCUGAUCCACAAUACAGCAAACACAGUAAUCUUGUGAAACAUUUUUACUAUUUAAAAUAACUGCUUUAUAUUUUUCUAUAUUGUAAAAUGUAAUUUAUAAAUUAUAAUAAAAACUGUAUUUUCAGCAUCA